AUGUCGAUGGCAUCGGAUAGCAUCCUGCGGCAUCUGAAGGUGCGCCGUCAAAAACAGCGAGCUGUCCUGGCAAUGAAAUGGCGAUGUGCUCGAGGAGUAUUGGAGUUCGAGAAGCUGGAUACUUUUUACAGAGCCCUCAGGCCUUAUCUACGUUUGGCGCAAUUUUUUGGCAUCAUGCCCCUGGCCAAUCUUAGGAGUCGGGAUCCCCAGGAUGUCAAGUUCAAAGUGAAAAGCCUUUCCAUGUGCUUUACAGGACUUUUUCUGCUGCUGGGUGGAAUUAAAACGUUAACAAGGUGUAAUGUUAUAAUGAACACGGGUCUAAAUCCAAAAAAUAUGGUUAGUUUGGUUUUUCUAGUUGUUGGAAUUACCAACUGGUGGAAUAUUACUGGGUUUGCUCGUUCUUGGCCACAAAUUAUGAUGCCCUGGAGCUCCUUGGAUAUUUUAAUGUUAUUUUCUCCGUACAAAUCUUGCAAGCGAAGUUUGCGCUUAAAAAUCAAUGGUAUUGCCAUUUUUGUGGGAUCUGUAGCGUUGGUCGAUCACAUACUCUAUUAUGCCUCUGGAUAUUGCAGUUAUAGGUGGCAUAUCUGGAAUUGCCACACGAAUGAGUCGCGUCUUGCUUUUGGUUACUACUUGGAGGAGGAGUUUUCAGAUGUCCUUGUCCUUAUGCCAUACAAUCUUUUCUCUGUAUGCUAUGCCUUUUGGUUAAAUGGCGCCUUCACAUUUAUAUGGAACUUUAUUGACAUUUUCAUAGUCCUUGUUAGUAUUGGCCUGGCUCAAAGGUUUCAACAGCUGGCUAAGCGGAUCCUGGCCUUGGAGGGUCGCCUCGUUCCUGAUGCCUUGUGGUGCGAAAUCCGAAGGGAUCAUAUACGUCUCUGCGAACUUACCGCUCUGGUAGAUGCCAGUAUAUCCAAUAUUGUAUUUGUUUCUUGUGCGAAUAAUGUUUAUGUGAUUUGCAAUCAGGCUCUAGCCAUUUUUACAAAAUUAAGACAUCCUGUUAAUUACGUUUACUUCUGGUACUCCCUGUUGUUUUUGAUAACAAGAACCAGUCUUGUCUUUCUGACUGGCUCCAAGAUCCAUGAUGCUUCUCUGUUGCCUCUGAAAUCCUUGUACUUUGUUCCCACUGGUUACUGGACUCAGGAAGUGCAGCGAUUUGCGGAUCAGUUGACAAGUGAGUUUGUAGGACUUUCCGGUUACCGAUUGUUCUACUUAACCAGAAGGAGUCUCUUUGGGAUGAUGGCUACUUUGGUAACUUAUGAGCUAAUGCUUCUUCAAAUCGACGCCAAAAGUCAAAAACCAAAUACGGAACUUUGUGUCUAG